AUGAUAAAUGGUGUUUUUCCAUAUUUGUCUUCAGCUCUGUCACAGGAGCUCCAGUGUUCGAUCUGUCUGGAUGUGUUCACUGAUCCAGUCAGCACUCCAUGUGGACACAACUUCUGUAAAAGCUGCCUGAACCAGUGCUGGGACAACAGUCAGAUCUACAAAUGUCCAUUAUGUAAAGAUCCAUUCAGCAAAAGACCCGACCUCAAGAUCAACACAGCGCUUAGAGAGGUUGUGCUGCUCUUUAAAGGAAACUCUGGCCAGAGUAAAUCUGAGGUUCUCUGUGACAUCUGUGAUGAUAUAAAGAUGAAAGCCCUGAAGAUGUGUCUGGAGUGUCAGAUCUCAUACUGUCAAACUCACCUGGAGCCUCAUCAGAGAGUCCCAAAUUUAAAGAAACACAAACUGAUCGAUCCUGUGGAGAAACUUGAGGACUAUAUCUGUCAGAAACAUGAGAAACCUCUGGAGCUGUUCUGUAGAGAUGAUCAGACAUGUGUGUGUUUGAACUGCGCUAUGAACGACCACAAGAAUCACAACACUGUUUCUGUAGAAGAGGAGAGCCGAGAGAGGAAGCCUCAGCUGAUGAAGAUGCAGGCAGAUGUGCAGCAGAUGAUCCAGGACAGAAUGAAGAGGAUUGAAGACCUCAAACACUCAGAAGAACUCAGAAAGGAAACGUCAGAGAAAGAGAAAGCAGAGAGUAUUGAGCUCUUCACCGAUCUGAUCCGCUCCAUUGAGAGAUGUCAGUCUGAGCUGCUGGAGAUGAUGGAGCAGAAGCAGAAAGCAGCAGAGAAGCAGGCUGAAGAGCUCAUUAAAGAGCUGGAGCAGGAGAUCACUGAGCUAAAGAGGAGAGACACUGAGCUGGAGCAGCUCUCACACACUGAGGAUCACCUGCACCUCCUACAGAUUUACCCGUCCCUGAGCAGACCUGCACACACCAGCAGCUGCACUGAGAUCAGUCUUAGUGACACUCAUGAGAGUGUGGAGACUAUGAAGAAAGCUUGGAUUCAGCUGAAGGAGACUCUAAAUGAGAAACUCAGCAAAACUAGUAGGGGAAUAGAUGAGAAACUCAACAAAACGGUUAAGAAGACAAUGCAACAAUAUGCAGUGGAUGUGACUCUGGAUCCUGACACAUCUCAUCCACAUCUCUUCCUGUCUGAUGACAGAAAACAAGUGGAAUAUAGAGACACUAAGCUUGAACUCCCUGACAACCCAGAGAGGUUUGAUUAUUGUCCCUGUGUCCUGGCAAAAGAGGGAUUCAGCUCAGGAAGAUUUUAUUUUGAGGUGCAGGUAAAGGGAAAGACGGAUUGGGAUUUAGGAGUGGUCAGGGAAUCCAUUAACAGGAAAGGAAUGAUCACAGCAGCUCCAGAGGCUGGAUACUGGAUAAUAGUUCUGAGUAAUGACAAUCAGUAUCUUGCAUUAGAGUCUCCUCCUGCCACUUUGUCUCUGAGAGUGAAGCCUCAGGUAGUGGGUGUGUUUGUGGAUUAUGAGGAGGGGAAGGUCUCCUUUCAUGACGUGGAGUCUAGAACUGUCAUUCAUUCUUUUACUGGUCAGUCUUUCACUGAAAAACUCUACCCAUACUUUAGCCCUAAUAUUAAAAAAGAAGGUAGAAAUGUAGCACCACUGAUCAUCAGAUCAGUGAAUGAAUGUACAUCCCAAAUUUGAAAAUAAGGCUACGUUCACACUGUCAGUCCAAUUCUGAUUAUGUGUGUAUUCAAUUGGAAUCUGAUCUAAAAUCAUUGACAGUCAAGGCUACCAACCCUUACCACACCUGUUGGUAACCCUCUUAAAAUAUUUAACCUAAUUUGCUUCAAUAUAUGAGCUAUUAUAUUCUGGUUUGAAAUUUAGUUUUCUUGGAAAGAAAGACUAUUUUCUGUGUUUGAGUGUGCAAAGUGUAGUAAAUUGCAAUUGCACUACAAACUAGUGUGUUUAUUAGUAUGUUAAUAAAUUAAAAUAAUUUGAAAAUAAAUAGGCCCUACCAGUUUACAACAUCCAGCAGCACAAUAAACCGUAAUAACUUGAGACCACUUUGCACAUUCAAGUUUAAAAUGGCCACACCUGCUCUUACACUAUACGUUAAAAAUAAGAUGGAAAGAUUUUUUUAUAUAGGCUAUAAUUUCCGUGGGUCUAGUCUUUGCAUCUGAUGUUUGAAGUUUGAAUCAAGUCUCCUCAGUUGGAGUAGAAUUGGAUAGGUGGCGCUGUCACAAAAAAAAAAAAAAACUAGGGUCCUAGAAAUGCAGCCCUGAAACUGAAGCCUCUGGUAUUGCAGGAAUAUAUUAUUGUCAUUUUCUGCAAAACAGCCUUGUUUCUGCAGCGACUUUCAGGAUGUUUCCUAUAACAAAGUCUGACUGAAAGUCUGACUCAGACUGAAACAGAUUUCCAGAAAUGUGAUUUGAAUAAGAUAUCAAAACACAUAUAUGUUGCUCGAAACGGAUUUGUAAAAAUCGCAUUUCAUGUGAAUUUUUUGUCACAUUUGCUAAAUCUGAUCGGAUUUCAAUUGGAUAUGCACAAAAAUGGACGUACAGUCUGAGUUAGUGCCACAAUAUGAAUACUUGCUGUUUUUAAAUGAUGGGAUAUGUCAUCAUUACAUUUUGUCCUUUAGUUUUGUUUUUCAGCAUUAAAAACCUGCUUUUCACACACACACACACACACACACACAGAAAUGUUUGCUCAAGCCAUCUGCUCUUAUGUAAUGCAUCUAUAUGUAAAUAGUUUUUUUUAGCACUUUGUACAUUUCUUUA